UUGUUUUUAGGGCCGAAACGGACUGGGUAACAUUUACGUUUGGGCAAGUGGUGAUGGAGGUGAAGAUGAUGACUGCAACUGUGAUGGAUAUGCCGCUAGCAUGUGGACGAUUAGUAUUAACAGCGCAAUUAAUGAUGGACAAAACGCUCAUUAUGACGAAAGUUGCUCGUCUACUUUGGCCUCAACAUUCAGUAAUGGAGCUAAGGACCCAAAUACCGGAGUGGCAACUACCGAUUUAUAUGGAAAAUGCACAACGACCCAUUCGGGAACAUCGGCCGCAGCUCCUGAGGCAGCAGGUGUGUUCGCGUUAGCUUUGGAAGCGAAUAAUAAACUAUCAUGGAGAGAUGUUCAGCACUUAACUGUUUUAACAUCCAAACGAAAUUCUCUUUUCGACGCCAAAGGAAGGUUUCACUGGACCAUGAAUGGAGUAGGACUAGAAUUUAACCAUUUAUUUGGAUUUGGAGUUCUAGAUGCCGGAGCUAUGGUGGCCUUGGCUAAGCGAUGGAAAUCAGUACCUCCGCGUUUUCAUUGCGAGGCAGGUACUGUCGACAAAAUCCAGUAAGUAAUACAUUACGAAUAUUGUUAAAAUUC